AUGGAGCGGCCCCGGUACCGGGAGGCGGCGCCCGGGGGCAGCGGGCCCGGCGGGGGCUCCAGCGCCGCCUGGAACGGGAGCUGCGGCCCGCGCCCCCGGUGCCGCCACCGGCAGCGGGUGUCCCCAACCCCACGAAUGUCCCCAGCCCUGGGAGUGUCCCCAACACCGGGACUGUUCAAGGUCCUGGAAUGUCCCCAGCCCCGGGGGUCGCUGCAGCUGCCGGUGCCCCCCGGCCUCUCCCCGAGCCCCUCCCGGGACCUCCCGUGCGGCCUCGGCUGCCGCCACCGCCGACCCCCGGAGCGCCCCCGGCGACCCCCGGCCACAGCGCCACCGCCACGAGGAGCCCGGUGCCACCACCGCCAGGGGACACGGCCACCAGCACGGGGACCCCGGUGCCACCACCGCCAGGGGACAGCGCGGGUCCCUGCGGGCGGCCCGGGCGGGGGUCGCGCUCUGCCUGCGCCUCCUCGGCGCCCUCCUCGCGCUGCUCUUCCUCCUCCUCCUCCUCCUCCGCUCCUUCCUCCGCGCCGCCUCCGCGGGCUCCGCCGCUCCCGGGAGCUGCUGGCCGAGCGGUUCCGGCCCCGGGCCGGCCACCACCGGGGUGGUGACAGCGACGAGGAGGUGACGCGUUUGGUGGCGAUGGCCGAGGUGGCCGAGGAGGAGCUGGAUCCGUUCCGGGUGCUCGGCGUGGAGCCCACGGCCACGGACGCGGAGCUGCGCAGGGCGUACCGGAGGCUGGCCGUGCUGGUGCACCCCGAUAAAAGCCGUGACCCCCGGGCGGAGGCGGCGUUCAAGGUGCUGUGGGCGGGCUGGGAGAGGGUGAGCAGCCCCGAGAGGCGGCGCGAGUACCAGUUUUGGGGUGGGAAUCCUGGGUUUUGGGGUGGAAAUCCCAUAUUUUUGGGUGUAAAUCCCGGUUUUGGGGUGGGCUGGGAGAGGGUGAGCAGCCCCGAGAGGCGGCGCGAGUACCAGGCGAAGCAGCUGGCACAGGGGGAGCUGGCGCGGGCGCUGGGCGCGUUCCUGGGCCGGCUGCAGGAGGAGCUCAGGGACGCCAGGGACGCCAUGGGCUGCACCCGCUGCGGGGGGCGCCACAGGCGGUUCCAGCUGGACAGGGACCCGCGCGGUGGCCGCUGGUGUGGCCCGUGCGGGGGGUGGCACGCGGCCGACGAGGGUGACCUGUGGGCAGAGUCCAGCCUGAUGGGCCUCAAGGUCACCUACCUGGCCCGCAUGGACGGCCACAUCUACGACGUCACCGAGUGGGCGGGCUGCCAGCGCGUGGCCAUCUCCCCGGACAGCCACCGUGUCCCCUACCACCUGUCCUUCGGCGCCAGGACAGCCACGCCCGCCGGACGCCAGCGGGCCCCCCCCAAGGGCAGCCCCCCGACCCCCGCUGACCUCGAGGAUUUCCUGGCCCGCGUUUUCCAGGGAAAUCCGGGCCCGGAGCCCGGGGGGGCUUUCCCCGCCCCCCCCGGGGCUGCAGGACCCCCCCAGGGACACCCCCAGCCCCAAGGGGGCCCCCCCAAGGGGGACACGAAGCACAAGAGGAGGAAGAAGGGGCGGCGGCCGCUGCCGCGAUGAGGAGACCCCCACCCCAAAACAAAAGAAAAAGGGCUUGGAAUAAAAAAAAUCUAUUUUUUUUCUUUUUUUUUCGGGUUUUUUAAAGAAAA